AAGAAUGGACGAAUGAAGUACACACCAAAAAGUCUAAAACCACAGAUUAAAUAUUCACGAGAAAGAUAGAAACAAAUGCCAUGUCCUCUUAGGCUCAAAACUAGCAAUUACUUCCUUGCGAUCCUCAUUGUUUUGUUUACUACUAUAAACAAAACCUCUCUCCCUUACUCUUUCCUCUGUGCCUUCCAAUAUCUCAACCUUCUUUGUGGUCACCAAUGGAAGUUAAUUCAAGUACCACUGUACCUGCAGGGCCACCAACUAUUUCUACAAAGAACCAUACUUUCAUACACCAUUACCAUCACUUACAUUCAGAAAAAGAUUACCAUAACCAUGUUGGACAUUUUCCCUUCAAAACCAUUAUUAUAAUCAUCACAAUGGUUGCCUUAAUUAUGCUCCUAUUUACCAUUUUUUUGGUCGUAUGCUUGAUCCGUCGCCAAAAGUCUUCUAGCAAAAAUGGAGUUUGCAAAGAUGAUUGUGAGAGUAGAGUGCUUCAUGAUACAAGCAGAAGACACAUUGCUCCAACAAUUCUGUCCUUUGAUUCUAGCCCAGAUGUUAAAGGUGGGUGUCUUUAUGGGGGAAAUUUGAGCAGGACACCACCAACACCUAAAUUUCGAGGAGUGCAAGUUUUCACUUAUAGGGAGCUAGAAGUUGCUACUAAUGGUUUCAAUGAAGCAAAUGAGAUUGGUAAUGGAGGAAUUAAUGGUUUGAUGUAUAAAGGAGUCUUAAGUGAUGGAACUUUGGCAGCCAUUAAGUUGCUUCAGAGUGAGGGUAAGCAAGGAGAGCGUGCAUUCAGAAUAGAGGUCGAUCUCCUAAGCCAAUUGCGGUCUCCUUAUUUGGUGGAGUUACUUGGCUAUUGUGCUGAUCAACACCACAGGUUAUUGAUUUUUGAAUACAUGCCAAAUGGUACACUCCAACACCAUCUUCAUUCCCUCAACGAUAAAACUCAGCCAUUGGAUUGGUGGUCCCGGAUGAGGAUAGCCCUUGAUUGUGCCAGGGCCUUGGAGUUCCUGCAUGAACAUGCUGUUUCACCCGUGAUACAUAGAGACUUCAAGACUUAUAAUGUUUUACUGGAUCAGAAUUUCCGUGCAAAGGUGGCAGAUUUUGGAUUGGCUAAUAUGGGAUCAGAGAAGAGAAAUGGCCAGGUUUCUACCCGUGUGUUGGGGACCACUGGAUAUUUGGCACCAGAGUAUGCCUCCACGGGUAAGCUUACUACAAAGUCGGAUGUUUACAGCUACGGUGUAGUUCUUCUCGAAUUACUAACAGGACGUGUACCAGUUGAUAUUAAGCGGCCCACCGGAGAACAUGUCCUCGUCUCUUGGGCUCUUCCAAGAUUGACAAACAGAGAAAAAGUUGUGGAAAUGGUUGACCCAGUUCUACAUGGGCAGUACUCAAAGAAGGCUUUAGUUCAGGUAGCUGCCAUCGCCGCAAUGUGCAUACAGCCAGAAGCUGAUUACAGGCCACUCAUGACAGACGUUGUACAAUCAUUGAUACCACUUGUGAGAGCCCAUUCUCUUUCCAGUUCCCUAAGAUUUCAGAAACAAAUACCAAGUUAUUAGGUGUGCAUUAUCUUCGAAGUCCUGUUUGAGAAAAGCACAAGCAGCCUAGAGAAAACUACUUUAACUUAUUGGACUCAAAUGGUUCAUGGACAAAUGUGGUGCAAAAUUGCAAUAUCAGACUUGAUGGGACAUCCUCAAUUGGUAACUUAGAUAUGCAGCAUUCCUUCAGCUCUACUGAAUGGCGAAGAGGUGAAAAAAGAGAAAAACAAAGACGAUUCAAAUAAGCCUAAAGGGCCAAUAAGGAUAGAAACAUUUGCAUUAGUUAUAGAUGCACUUUGUUCUAGAUGUUUAUGGUAUUUUAAUUGACGGAAAGAUGGGCACUAACAUGCUUGUCUAUCCGCUUUUCUAUUGUGUUUGGUUGUAUAUAUAUUUUAUUGUAUAAUAUGUAUAAUAUUCAUGACUAGUAGUUUGUUUCCGAGUUCCCUUAAACUACAGUGUAAAUUUCAAUUUGGAAAAAAACUGUUAUUGAGGGUAAA